AUGUUGUUCUACAUCACCACGUUGAAUUUGGCUCAUAUCUUGAAAGCAGAUCCUCCUGCACCUGGUGAUACAAUAGAAACAGUGGCUGCUUCUGAUGCAUGGAACCAGUCCAACUUCCUUUGCAGGAACUACAUCCUAAAUGGUUUAAGUGAUGCACUAUACAAUGUGUAUAGUCCAAUUAAGACCGCUAAGGCUUUAUGGGAGUCACUAGACAAGAAAUAUUGGACCGAAGAUGCAGGAAUGAAGAAAUUUAUUGUCGGUCGGUUUCUUGACUUCAAGAUGGUAGACUCCAAGACUGUCAUAAGUCAAGUCCAAGAACUCCAACUCAUUCUGCAUGAGAUACAUUCAGAAAAGAUGGAAUUGAGUGAGCCUUUCCAAGUGGUUGCUGUCAUUGAAAAAUUAUCACCCUCUUGGAAAGAUUUCAAAAACUACUUGAAGCAUAAGCAUAAAGAGAUGGGACUUGAGGAUUUGAUAGUCAAGCUGAGGAUCGAAUAG